GUGAGAUUGCUAAAAGAGUGACUCCCUUUUCCACUUUUAUUUCCAAGGUCUCUGGGGAACAAGACUCAUGCAGGAAAGCAGCACUAAUCGGGAGAAAUACCUUCAAAGUGUGUUGCGGGAACUGGUCACAUACCUCUUCUUUCUCAUAGUCUUGUGCAUCUUGACUUACGGGAUGAUGAGCUCCAGCGUCUACUACUAUACCCGGGUAAUGUCACAGCUCUUCCUAGACACCCCAGUGUCCAAAACGGAGAAAACUAACUUUAAAACUCUUUCUUCAAUGGAGGACUUCUGGAAGUUCACAGGGGGCGCCUUGUUGGACGGGUUGUACUGGAAGGCACAGCCAAGCAAUGGAACCGAAGCCGACAACCGAAGCUUCAUCUACUAUGAAAACCUCCUGCUGGGCGUAGCACGUAUACGGCAACUCAAAGUCAGAAAUGGCUCCUGUUCGAUUCCGCAGGACUUGAGAGAGGAGAUUAAAGAGUGCUACGACGUCUACUCUGUCAGCAGUGAAGACAGGGCUCCAUUCGGUCCUCGAAACGGAACUGCUUGGAUCUACACGAGUGAAAAAGACUUGAAUGGAAGUAGCCACUGGGGGAUGAUUGCAACUUACAGUGGAGCUGGCUACUACUUGGACUUAUCAAGAACAAGAGAGGAAGCAGCUGCUCAAGUUGCUAACCUCAAGAAAAACGUCUGGCUGGACCGAGGAACCAGGGCGACUUUUAUUGACUUCUCUGUGUACAACGCCAACAUCAACCUGUUCUGCGUGAUCAGGUUAUUGGUUGAAUUCCCAGCAACAGGCGGUGUGAUUCCAUCUUGGCAAUUUCAGCCUGUAAAGCUGAUCCGAUAUGUCACAACUUUUGAUUUCUUCCUGGCAGCCUGUGAGAUUAUCUUUUGUCUCUUUAUCCUUUACUAUGUGGUGGAAGAGAUACUGGAAAUCCGCAUUCACAAGCUACACUAUUUCAGGAGUUUCUGGAAUUGUCUGGAUAUUGUGAUCAUUGUGCUAUCAGUGAUAGCUAUAGGAAUUAAUAUAUACAGAACAUCAAACGUGGAGGUGUUACAGCAGUUUCUGGAAGAUCAAAAUACUUUCCCCAACUUUGAGCAUCUGGCAUACUGGCAAAUACAGUUCAACAAUAUAGCUGCUAUCAUUGUAUUUUUUGUCUGGAUUAAGCUUUUCAAGUUCAUCAGCUUUAACAGGACCAUGAGUCAGCUCUCUACAACCAUGUCUCGGUGUGCCAAAGACCUCUUUGGCUUUGCUAUUAUGUUCUUCAUUAUUUUCUUAGCAUAUGCUCAGCUGGCAUACCUUGUCUUUGGAACUCAGAUUGAUGACUUCAGUACCUUCCAAGAGUGUAUCUUCACUCAAUUCCGUAUCAUUUUGGGUGAUAUCAACUUCGCAGAGAUUGAGGAAGCUAAUCGAGUUUUGGGACCAAUUUAUUUUACUACAUUUGUGUUCUUUAUGUUCUUCAUCCUUUUGAAUAUGUUUUUGGCCAUCAUCAAUGACACUUACUCUGAAGUUAAAUCUGAUCUGGCCCAACAGAAAGCUGAAAUGGAACUCUCAGAUCUUAUCAGAAAGGGCUACCAUAAAGCCUUGGUCAAACUAAAACUGAAAAAAAAUACUGUGGAUGAUAUUUCCGAGAGUCUGCGGCAAGGGGAAGGCAAGUUAAAUUUUGACGAACUUCGACAAGAUCUCAAAGGGAAGGGCCACACUGAUGCAGAGAUUGAGGCGAUAUUCACAAAGUAUGACCAGGAUGGAGACCAAGAACUAACUGAACAUGAACAUCAGCAGAUGAGAGACGACUUGGAAAAAGAGAGGGAGGACCUGGACUUCGAUCACAGCUCAUUACCACGUCCCAUGAGCAGCCGAAGCUUCCCCAGAAGUCUGGAUGACUCUGAGGAGGAUGACGAUGAAGACAGUGGGCAUAGCUCCAGAAGAAGAGGCAGCAUCUCCAGUGGGGUUUCUUACGAAGAGUUUCAAGUUCUGGUGAGAAGAGUAGACAGGAUGGAGCACUCUAUCGGCAGCAUUGUGUCCAAGAUUGAUGCGGUGAUUGUGAAGCUGGAAAUUAUGGAACGAGCCAAACUGAAGAGGAGGGAGGUGCUGGGAAGGCUGCUGGAUGGAGUGGCUGAAGAUGAAAGAUUAGGUCGUGACAGUGAAAUCCACAGGGAGCAGAUGGAGCGGCUAGUGCGGGAAGAGUUGGAACGUUGGGAAUCUGAUGAUGCAGCUUCCCACAUGAAUCAUGGUUUAGGCACACCAUUGGGACCAACUGGUCAACCUCGCCCCAGAAGCUCCCGCCCGUCUUCCUCCCAAUCUACAGAAGGAAUGGAAUGUGGAAAUGGAAAUGGUAGUUCCAAUCUCCAUGUUUAGGACAUGUACUUGUACAUGAGUUCCUAAGACCAAGAAGAUGGCUCUCUUGAGUUGCCAUACUAGUACACUAUUUUUUGUGCCCUGACUACCAUACGAUGCUGGUCUUUGUGACCAGUUAUUAAUUCUUGUGCACUUUAAUUUAUUUUAGGUAAAUUUUGUCCGUGAAUCAAAGGAGUUUUUUUUUUUUUCUUUUUCUCAUAUAGGAGAUGUGGUGUAAAUAUUGAGGAACAAUUUCAUUGUAGAAUUAUAUUGAGUGGUAUGCCCACUCGCUACCAUGCCUGAGCCCUCUCAGUUGACAAUGAAGUGGCCUUUUAAGCUAGAAGAGAACUAUAAAAAGGCUUCUGAGUUUGAUUUCCAAUUACCUAAAUCAGUAUUGUCAUUUUUUGCUCACCGUGUGAAGAGAAAGUAGGGGCCUUCUAUUCCACUCAGGCUUAACUCAUGGGAGUAAUACAUCACUUUCUUUUAAGAAAGGAGACAUUUCAACUACCUUCCUGGGGUAAACUUUUCUAAAAAGUGAGCUGGAAAAGUACUCCAAUCGUAGAAUGUGUAUGUAGUCAUUAUGCUAGAAUUUGUAUGGCUGGUUAAGAUUAAUGUUGAAUAGUAUUCUUUUUGUUAUUUUAUCAUAGCUAGUGUCUUUGGGACUGACCAUAAUUCUUACUCUAUUUUGACUCUUAUCUGCCACAUGAAAGCACCGAAGGUCCAUUAUGGGCCAAAGUGUCAUUUCUAACAAUAUCAUAUGAAAAUUAAAAGAAGUUCAAUCACCAAGUUUAAUUUUCUCUAGUAGUAAGUUUAGUAUGAAAAUGCAUCCAUUUGAUAUUUUCCCAUGUGUUUUAAUUUAUUUGUAAUCAAUCUAAGAAGGACCGAUUUACUCAAAUUUUUUUAGUAUAUACAGAAAAUUUAAAUUAGUGAAUAUGCUCAUUUUCAACAAACUUUCAGUGUUGAAACUCAUAUGAAAAUAUGUAAAACUAAAGUUUGAAUCUCAUGCUUUUUUUUUUUUUAAA